AGGGGCGUGGCAAGGGGAGGAGCGGCUGAGGAAGGGUCCGCCCUGACCGAGGGCCGCUUCAGAGGGAGCUUCCCCCGUUCAGGCUGCGCCAAAGCGGGAGGCCGGAUGGCGGCCCCGGGGUGUCUGGGAGCGGGAGCAGCCGCGGCCCUUCAGGCGGGGAGCGCCGCCGCCGCCGGCGGCGGCGGCGACCCGAGCGGCCUCCCCGAGCGUCCCCGCAGCUCCGAGGCCGAGCGCCGGCGCUUCCGCAGCUGCCGCCCCCGGGAGGACGAGGGUCCCCGGGCGCUCUGCAGCCGCCUGCACCGGCUGUGCCGCGGGUGGCUGCGGCCCGAGCGGAGCGGCAAAGCCGAGAUGCUGGACCAGGUGGUGCUGGAGCAGUUGCUGGCCCUGCUGCCCCCGGAGCUGGCGGGCUGGCUGCGGGAGUGCGGGGCGGAGAGCUGCGCCCAGGCGGUGGCCCUGGCCGAGGGCUGCCUGCUCGGCCCGCCGCCCUCCUCCGCCCCGCGGGAGCCCCCCGGAGAGGGCCGGCAGUUGCAGGAGCCAUUGAUGGGAGAUAUUUCAGCAGACCUUCAGGGAUCAGGAGAUCCAUCCAUUCCUUCUAAAGAGCUUUUCAGAAGAAUCCAAAUGAGACCACCUUGCCAGAGUUCUACUCCCUUUGAGGAGGUGGCUGUGGACUUCACAGAGGAGGAGUGGGCACUGCUGGAUUCUGGCCAGAAGGCCUUGUGCAAGGAAGUCAUGCUGGAAGUUUCCAGUAAUAUGGCCACCAUGGGUGAUGGGCUGGAGAAUGAGAAUGACCAGCAGCCAAGGUUAAUGCCAAUGCAAACAGCAAAGCAUGAAGUGGGAAAAAUGAUGUUUGGCCAUCAAGAGGACCCACAAGUGCAUGCGAGAAGCCCCUCAGAAAAUGGAGAGGAGAUGUCCUCCAUUUCUCUCCCUAUCGAAAUCCAUGGCUUCCUUACUCAGCCAGGUCAGAAAGAGAAGAGAAAAGGAAAAUAUGGCCAAAGAGAGCAAAAUGAAUUUGAUUUAGGGGAAUAUGACAGAAGUCAGACUACAGGAAAAGAGUAUGUCUCCAAACAGUGUGGAAAAUAUGUCAACCAGUUCUUCUCUCUUGCUUUACAUGCAAAACUCUACGGGAAACACAAAGCACAUACCUUUGUAAAAUUUGGGAGGGAUUUCAUUUUGAGCAGAAAGAUAAAACUAUGCAUGAGGUGUGGAAAGAGCUUCAGUAGCAAAAGUAAUCUCAAUCGCCAUCAGAGGGUCCACACCGGUGAUAAACCACACAAAUGCGUGGAGUGUGGAAAGCAGUUCAGUCAGAAAGGACAUCUUACUCAUCACAAAAGGAUCCACACGGGGGAGAAGCCAUAUACGUGCACGGAAUGCGGAAAGAGCUUUGCUCAAAAAGGGCAACUUAGCUCUCAUAGAAGGACCCACACAGGCGAGAGACUGUAUAAAUGCAUCGAGUGUGGAAAGAGGUUUAUUGAGAACAGAGACCUUACUUGCCAUGAAAGGAUCAAUAUAGACCGGAGUCGAUAUAGGUGCAUCGAGUGUGAAAAAACCUUUGCUGAUAACUUUACCCUUCAUGAAAAGAUCCUCCCUGUAGAGACUCCAUACAAAUGCACGUCGUGUGGGAAAGGAUUCACUCAGAAAGGACAUCUUACUCGUCACGAACGAAUCCAUACCGGGGAGAGACCGUAUAAAUGCAGAGAAUGUGGAAAGAGCUUUGCUGAGGAAGGACGACUUAAUUCUCAUAAAAGGAUCCACACAGGUGAAAGACCGUACAAGUGCAUAGAGUGUGGAAAGAGCUUUACUCAGAAAGAACAUCUUACUUGUCAUGAAAGGGUCCACACCGGAGAGAAACCUUAUAAGUGCACAGAGUGUGGAAAGGGCUUCAGUAGAAACUCUUACCUAAACCGUCAUCAGAGGAUCCACACGGGUGAAAAACCGUAUACUUGCAGGGAAUGUGGAAAAAGAUUCAUUGAGAAUAGAGAGCUAACUUCCCAUCAAAGGGUCCACACAGGAAAGAGACCCUGCACAUGCCUGGAGUGCGGAAAGAGCUUUUUUGGUAACAAAGAUCUUAUUCGUCACCAAAUGAUUCACACACAGGAAAAGCCCUAUAAAUGCCUGGAGUGUGGAAAGAGCUUUACUGAGAAAGGAAAACUUAUUUCUCAUAAAAGUAUCCAUUCAGGAGAGAGACCAUAUAAAUGCCUGGAGUGUGGAAAGAGUUUUACUCAAAAAGGAAAACUUAAUUCUCAUAAAAGGAUCCAUAAGGGGGAGGGACCAUAUAAAGGUAUGGCGUGUAAAGACAGCUUUAUCGACAACAAAGACCUUAUUCGGCACCAAAGGAUCCACGCAGGAGAGAAUCCUUACAAAUGCAGUGAGGAUGAAAAAAACUUUUUAAUGACUACAGGACCUUUAUUUGUCAUGAAAAGAUCUACACAGGAGGAAAUUAUACAUGCAUGGAAUGUGGAAUAAACUUCAUUUGAGAAGGGUGCACUUCUCACAAAAAGAUGUACAGUGGGGCAAAAAAGUAUUUAGUCAGCCACCAAUUGUGCAAGUUCUCCCCACUUAAAAAGAUGAGAGUGGCCUGUAAUUGUCAUCAUAGGUAGACCUCAACUACGAGAGACAAAACGAGAAAACAAAUCCAGACAAUCACAUUGUCUGAUUUGGAAAGAAUUUAUUUGCAAAUUAUGGUGGAAAAUAAGUAUUUGGUCAAUAUCAAACGUUCAUCUCAAUACUUCGUUAUAUGUUGGCAAUGACAGAGGUCAAACGUUUUCUGUAAGUCUUCACAAGGUUGGCAUACACUGUUGCUGGUAUGUUGGCCCAUUUCUCCAUGCAGAUCUCCUCUAGAGCAGUGAUGUUUUGGGGCUGUCA